AUGCCUCCAAAGUCAAAUGAUAAAAAAUCGGAUAUCUUAAUUCAUGAAACUGGCCAAAUCUUAGAUAACGCGGAUCAAGAUCCAUCUCCUCGAUUAGUCAAAUUGAAAGAUGCAGACGUCACUCUUUCCUUUAUGAAUCAAUAUGAUUCUGAUAUUAGAGAAAUUACUCUCAAGGAAGAGAAAGAGCUAUCUACAAAAAUAAAAUGGGUAAUUGUUCCUAUUGCUUUUCUUGUAAAUCUGUUACUUUUCAUGGACAAAGCUACCCUUAGUUAUGCUUCUAUCUUAGGUCUAUUGGAUGAUACUGGACUUAGCAAGAGUCAAUAUAAUGAUGCAAACUCUCUUUAUUAUGUGGGAUACCUCAUUGGUAAUAUCCCAGGCCAUUUAUUGAUGCAGCGUUUACCAAUUGGUAAACUCUUGACUGUUCAAGUUUUUAUAUGGAGCAUCAUUAUCUUCUUACAUUGUACAGCUCACAAUCCAUCAGGAGUAUACGCUUUGAGAUUCUUUUUAGGGGUUGUUGAAAGUUAUGUUACGUCCUUAUUAGUUAUCGUGCAAUCAUUUUUUUUGACUCCCUCAGAAAGAUCUGCUGUUCAACCAAUAUUCUAUGCCUCAGCUUUCGCUAGUGAUAUACCCACUGGAUUCAUAGCCUUUGGUGUUCUUCAUACCAAAAAUUCUUUACACCCUUGGAAAAUUUUUAUGAUUAUUAUCGGUGGAUUUACAUUUUUAACAAGUAUAUUUCUAUUAUAUUUCUUUCCUAAUAAUCCUACAAAUGCAAAAUUUCUUACUAUACAAGAAAGAGUCUGGACUAUUAGAAGAAUUCAAAAAGCUUCUAGAUCCUCUAUUGAGCUGAAGAGGUUCAAGAAAUAUCAAAUGAUAGAAUCAUUGAAGGAUCCCAUAAGCUGGUUAUUUGUACUUUUCAUGUGUUGUCUAAACUUGGGUAAUAAUUUAAAUUAUCAGAAAAAUCUUCUCUAUAGUGGGAUUGGAGGAAUGUCAAGAAUCAAGACAACCUACAUCACCGUCAUUCAAGCUUGCUUCUCGAUAUUAUGUAGUGCUUCCGCUUCUUACAUCAUGUUCAAAGUAAGAAAUAUUAGAGCAUAUGUUGCUUUCGGUUGGUGCAUUCCUUCAGUGAUAGGUGGUAUUUUAAUGGUUUCAUUGUCAUAUGAAAACAAAAUUGGAUUAGUGGGAAGUCUAAUGUUAGCCGCCUCAACUCAUGCCAUUACUUGGAUUAUAGGUUAUUCUUGGACUGUUACAUCCACUUCUGGGCUGACCAAGAUUUAUACUCGCUCGGUUAUGGUUAUGAUUGCCUACUCGGUUUCUAACAUAAUCGCUCCACAAAUUUGGCGAGAAACAGAUAGUCCUAGGUACUACCCUGCUUGGAUUAUCCAGAUCGUUAUCGCUUGGUCUUUUGCUCCUACAAUUUUGCUCCUCAUUGAUCUCAUAUUGAGAAGAAGAAAUAAGAAAAGGCUAUCUAACAUCGGAGAACUGAGUUAUGGUUAUGUUCAAAUAGAAGGCGGAGAAGAAGAAGCAGUAGAUAUUGCAGCUUUAGAUUUGACUGAUCUUGAAAACGAAAAUUUCAUUUACGAAUUAUAA